UGGAGAUCCGCAGCGAUCGUUGCGCCAGUAGGUUCGGCCAGAAUGCACGGUUUGGACGAUAUCGCGUCGUCAUCAGUUUUGUUCCGGUCGGUGUUUUUCCGGUGACUGGUGGUCCGGGACGAACUCGUACGUGGAUGUGGAAUGAGGGUUCCGAUGCCGUGGAGCAAGCGGACGCUGGGCAUGGCGUCGCGGCCGUCGCCCCCUUCCGUUACCUCAUCAGCGAGCAGGCCAAGUCGCUGGUCGCGCUGCAGGAGUUGCAGCACGAGGUCGGCGCGUUGCUCGAGUUCCGCGACCUCGUCAUGGAAACGUUCCCCAACUUACGCACCAAAAUGGCCCAGCAAACUUCCGCCCAUUCCACCCCGACCACCAUGACGACGGGCCACCACCACCACCACCACCUGUCGAACAUCCCCGUUAGGCGCGGGGGCGAGAAGAAGCCCGGCAAAGACUCCGGCGCCGUGCAAGACUCCGGGUUCAGCACGGAGGCGUCCAGCAAGGAGACCGCCUCCUCCUCCUCCUCCGCCGUCGAUGACGAGCUCUGGAACCUGCUGGACGUGAUCCAGAGAAAGGGCACGCGACUCAAAGAGGAAGUGGAAGCGUUACAGAGCACCAUCAGGGAACGGCAAGCCGAGGAGGAGGAGGAAGAAGAGGACGAUAACUUCGAGAGGGUCCUGUUUCGCGCGUCCGCGGACGACGUGGCUCAUCUGCGCACCGAGCGCGACCUCCUGCUCGACAGACUCGCGGAAAUGGAGGCGGAAGUGGUAGCAGGCCGUAUGCGCACCACUCGCCUCCAGGAGGACAUGGAGCGCCUGCUCGUCGCCAAACAAGACCUGGAGGAGCAGCUGAGGGCGAUCGCGUCGCAACGCGGCGAGAUCAACUCCCGCAUCCACGACCUCCACGUGCAGUUCGUCGCGAAGGGCGCGAAAAGUGCGGAGCAGCAGCCACAGCUGCGCGCGCCGAAGGUCGCCGGGCCGGAUCGCGCGAAGAUCGCCGCCAUUUUGAAAGAGCACGACCCGCUGGUGCUCAAGAAACACCUGCUCGUAGCUACCGUGCAGAACCAGGUGCUGAGGCAAAAGGUGGACGGGGUCGGCGACCUCGCGCGGAAGCUCGAGAAGGCGCGGGAGGAGAACGACGAGCUGAGGUUCCAGCUGGCCGACCGCACCAUCGAGUUGGAGGGGACGAGGGCGCGGGCGCGCCUCCUCGAAGACCUGCACAAGCCGAAAGGCUCGCCGGACGUCGUGCCAGAGUCGGAGCAGCAGCCCUUCGUUCGUACCGAGAUAACGAGCGAGAGCAUGAAGGCGAUGCUGCCGAUCCACAUCCAGCAGCAAGACCACAGCAGCAGCACCGAGUCGGCGCACGACCACGCAGAGUCCGAUCGCCGCUCCAAGGAGCCGCAGAAGCGGCGGCCCAGCAAAAUACCACUGAAGAGUUACACGCCGCCGAAACAGGCAGGUAAACGCAGUCCGGCCGCGCAGCGCAGCCGCAGCGGCGGCGAUUCCGCGCAUCACUCGUGGCGCAGCAACGGCAGCCUGGGUAGGGCGGCCUCCAAGUCGCGAAACGUCGAGACGAAGAAGUGGCCGCCUCCGCAGCAGCAGCAGCAGCAACAGAAAGACGAAAAGGAUCCAAAUUUUGCGUGGGCAAAAGAAAAAUCUCCGUUUCGAUGGAUUCCCUCUUCAUAUAGCGAGUAUCCGGACUCGCUGACGGCGCCCCCUAGCGGCGCCCCCUGGCGGCGGCGCUCCGAAUUUUUCGACAGUAUCGACAGCGGCGACACCGUCAGCUCGUGUUGCCGCUCGCGCGGCGAAGAUCUCGCGGAGUGCGACUCGCUGGAGACGACGUCCGACAUGAGCGGGGGGCGUGGCCCGCGCGACGCCGCGCCGCCUUUUUAAUUUUUUUUUUUUUGAGUUCCCCUAACGGAGGAGUCCGAACGCGACGCCCGUGUUCGCACGCCACUGGCGAACAGCCGCCGAAACUACAAGUUUUUCUACUCUCCAGCUUUUUUUUUAUCGAAAAAUUAAAAAAUACGCAAUAUUAAAGAUAAUAGGGUGUGCAAUAUAUUUUUCAAAAAUGCCCACUGACACUGGAACUUUUUUAACAUUUUAAUAUCUUUUUUUUUUUAGUUACGCUUUAUAGUAUUUUAUAGAAACAUUUAUAAACAACUUUGCUAGAUACUCUACAUAUCCGAAUGCAUAAAAAUUGUAGGCGAAUAUAAAAAAUAAUAUAAAAUUCGCGCUAAGAAUCGAUUUUUUCAAAAAUGGUCAUUUAAUCGUACAGUUUCAUUUUUUUUUAAUUUUCACUUUUAUUAUUUUGGUAGUAACGGAAAAAACUGCAGAGAUGAUGAAAAAUGGCUACCAAUUUGUUCUCUGUUCUCGUUUCUGAGAUAUUUAAUAUUUCAACCCCUUUGCCUUGAUAUCCAAAAUUUUUAUGUUUUCGAAAAUAUAAAGAUUUUAAGGCUUGGCGAACACGAACCGAAUUUGCGCGGGAAAACUCCGAAGACGGGCGAAAACAUUCCACUUUUUUUUUUUCGCGCCACAAAAAAAACUUUUUCACUUUUAUUUAUUUUUUACUUCUUUCUCUCUUUCUCCCCUGUAGCGUGUAAUCCGGUAACUUCGUUUCGCUGUGCUGGACUGUGAUAGGUAUACCCACGCGAGUGCGCGUCAUCGGUAUAAACGUCAUCCGCUGUUUUUAGGUUAGGUCCGUAUUUUUUUAAGAUGGCCGCGCCUUUAUACGGGGCGAGUCGAAAAGAUUCGCGACUGUAUUUGAUUUUCUAUAGUACAGGGCGUCACUAUUAUUAUUAUUUUUUAAUAGCACCUUUAUAUGUUUCAUUGAAACUUGGGUUUAGGUGAUUAUCACGGUAAAAAGAUGUUUUCGCAUAUUUUUUUCGUCAGAAAUGCAUGGACGGCAGUUUUGAGGUUAUAUAUGAAUAAUAAACAAAAAAUGCAACGUUAUUUGCGUCGGCUGCAAAUUUUCAAACAUUUUAAUAUGUUUGAGUAGCCGUAAUUUUUACACUUGAGAACCCACAAAGUCCCAGAUAUUGUUAAACGUCUGCCAUCGCGAGGCGAAGCCAUCUUUUCGACCCGCCCUGUACAUAUAUAUAAAUAAUGUGUAUGUUUUAUCUUUGUUUGGGAGCGCCGUCAUAAACUAAAGAAGAUAUACCGGGCGUUUCUCGCAAUUUGCCGCCCCUCGCUCCUCAUUCGAAUCCGCAAUAUACAGGGUGGCUGCAAAAGUUAUAUAUUAAAAAUCGCGAUUGAGGCCGGGGGGGGGGGGGAUUGUGGGCUUAACGGCCGGCGUAUAUUUCGAGAAGGAUGGAAAGAAAGGAAAUUUCUUUCUGCCGGGCUCGUCGCCCGUUUGUGCGGUAAAAAGAAAUCACCCCGUAUAUCACGCAAACAUUUCGUAAUGCUCACGGUCGCCGCGAGAUGGCGCCAUUAUUAUUCUUGUUUUUUUUUUAGGUAACGUUGACUGAUCUUAGGGUAUUGUAAAUGUAUUGUAUCAAAGAUGGAGGGCGAUGUACAUAUAUAUAUAUAUUUUUUUUGUUUGUAAUAAAGAUAAUAU